CGACUAUAAACGACUUGCGCGGCAGACCCAGACUCCGAAGUGUGCUUAUUUCAGGUCUUUUUUAGUCCCUUUCGACUUUCCCUUCGUCGUCGUCUUGCGCGAUGACGAGCACACAUGAUAUUGAUAAAUUAGCUGAGCGACGCGGUUUGCUCUUGAAUGUUGACGGCAUAGACGCUGUCCAACCUGAUCUCGAGGAGCAACCCACUUCCUUUGCGACCUCAGACAAACGCAAACGUUUUGCUGGAUUUAGUGUUCUCCUCUCGCUUAUUCUCGCUGCCACCCUAUUUGAACUCUGGCCCCGUACUCGACACGACACGAGAAUCGGGAGGGAUGCAUUGUACUCGAAUGGAACACAUGAGUUCAAGAAGACAGUGCUUAUGGUUUCGAUCGAUGGGCUUCGUGCAGAUUAUUUGGAUCGUGGACUCACGCCGCAUUUGCUAGAUAUCAGUCGGGAAGGUCUGAGGGCAAAGUACAUGAAACCUGUUUUCCCCACUCUGACGUUCCCAAAUCACUGGUCACUGAUGACUGGCCUGUAUGCCGAAUCGCACGGCAUCAUUGCAAACAAUUUCUGGGAUCCCGUUUUCCGAGACACAUUCCAUUACGCUCGUGUUGAAUCCGCGCAGAACCCAAGCUGGUGGCUGGGCGAACCUAUGUGGGAAACUGCCGAACGUGCAGGCAUCAUUACUGCAAACCUCAUGUGGCCUGGUCCUUGGUCUACAUCCUCGGGCGUGAACUCUACAUAUUUUCUACCUUGGGAGGAUAACUACCCUCUCGAAAAGAAACUUUCCAAUCUCCUAGGAUGGAUUGACCUCCCGCUGGAAGAGCGGCCACAGCUUAUUCUUGGGUACGAACCGUCACUAGACCACGCUGGCCAUGCAACAGGGCCGAUGUCUAAGGCCGUUAAUUUGAGUCUUGCUGCUGUCGAUCUUUUCGCUCAGAACCUGACCCAAGCACUAGGGGAGCGCAACCUCACACAUAUCGUUGAUAUCAUCUUCGUCAGUGACCACGGGAUGGCGGACACCAGCCACCCAACUUGGGUAUAUGUUGAUGAGAUUGUUGGUCAGCCGUGGAAAGGUGUUACCAAGAUGGAUGGUUGGCCAUCUAUGGGCUUGCGUUUUGCUCCCGGUACAAACGUGACUGAGGCCCUUGAGCGUCUGUGCGAGCACACACUUACCCAUCCGGAUCAGUUUGAUGUGUUCACGACUGAAAGCUUCUCUACCGACCUUGGCACCUCCUUGGUAGACCUCAACGCACUCAACUACGGUAAGAUGUCUGCAGGCACAGUGGAACCUAUGCCAGAACGAUACCAUUUCUCCCGCAAUUACCGCAUCGCUCCUGUGUGGAUUGUCCCGCGCAUUGGCUACGGGCUGACCGACCGCACGGGCGGCGAAGAUGCAAUACCAGCUGGAAACCACGGCUAUGACAACGAGGACCCGUCGAUGCAUGCCAUAUUUGUCGCACACGGGCCUUUCUCGCAGGGCAUGAAGGCUGCUGUAGUCGCACGAGGAGAGAGCGAUGGUACAGGAGCAUACGUGAUGCCAGGGUUCCAGAAUGUCGAGAUUUACAACCUCGUGAUGCGAUUACUGGGCCUUGACGCUACAGAUACAGCUACAACUAACGGAACCGCUGGAUUCUGGGAUGAGUUUGUCUUGCCAGAUGCUUGAACCUCACACAUAUUUGAAGUCGAACCUGCUUUACAGUCAUUGACCGUCAUUUGAGUUUGGAAUUUUCGGAUGUCUGCCACAACACAACCAGACACAAUCUCGAAAAUCGCUUUUGGCGAUGUCAUUAUAGAUUGCUAAUCCACUUUGUACAAAGUUUUGAAGAACAUCAAAUGACUGGAUUGUUUUACCCAGAGUCUUCCCCGUCGACUGGUGGGGAAGAUGGAAAUGCAUCAUCUUGAGACCUUGACGGUCUUGGGUUCUGCGGAUGUCUGAGGGUUUGACGUGGCUGAUGGGGUCGAAAGCAUCUAGGCGUGGAAUGAUCCAAACUUUGCG